AUGAGAUUCGAUUUUGAAAAAUUUGAUAUCAUCCAUACUUGUUCAUCUUCAGAUCGUGAUCAAUGCAAGAAAUUCAAUUACACAUUCAACGUUCCUCGAUCGACAGGAAACCAUGAAAUCAUCUUACAAGCACUUGAUGAUAGAGAUUUUGUAUCCAAAGAUGUCAAGAUUAACUUCAAAGUUGAGAAGCAUUUUGUUUCCCCUGCAAGAACUCCUGCAAGUUUCCCAGUCUUUCCAAAAAUACCUACAGGAUACACAGGAAGAACGACUUACACAACAGCAAUCACAGCAGUAGAGACAUUCAUAACAGAUAUCAAUGGUGACAUAUUCGUCACAUACACUGACAUCAUCACAACAUAUGAAAUCACAGUUAUCGAUCCAACGACUGAACAAGUUGAAAUUGGCUUCUUACAAACCACUUUUGGAAAGUACAUUCUUUGGCCAAUCAUCGCUUGCAUUGUCAUCAUUGCUGUUGUUAUCAUUAUUGUUCUGGUCAUAUUGAAAAAGAAUCAAAAUGACGAAAGUUCAACUGAUCUCGCAGGAAACAACGAAGAACAGUUUGAAAUGGAACAAGAAACAAUUAUCAUUAGCAAGACAGAAGAGAGCAUGGUAACAACCGACAAUCCUCUUUUCACAACACAAAACAGUGCUGCAGCAGAUGAUCCAUUCCAUGAAGAUUUCGAAGACAAAGGUGGUCUUUUCUCCGAUUCAGACAAUGAUGUUGUAGAUGCUAAUAUUGAUCAAAGUGACAGUGACAUUGUUGAUGAUGGCGAAGAAAUCAAAACUAUUCAAUUAUAA